AACGCCAUAAAUCAAAUUAGUUUCUACGUCUUUAACAACUUAAAAAUGGUGUUAAAACUGCCAAUAAUAGCUAAAAUUCUUGGGUGACCACAGCUACACAUAUGUAAUUCGUAACCUACAAAAUGUUUUGUUUACUUUUGCGCCAAACGCGUAAUAUCCGUAAAUUAGUUUUAAAGCAAGUUUUAAAUUCACACGUUUAUACAUUCAGCAAUGCGUUGCAUACAACAAGACUGCUGCGACACGGCGAAUAUGAAUGGAAAGAGCCCAAAUCGCCGGACGAAAUCGUCAAUAUAACAUACGUUGACAAGGACGGAAAACGCACCAAGGUGCAGGGAAAGGUGGGCGACAACGUUCUCUACCUUGCGCACCGGUACGGUAUUGAGAUGGAGGGCGCCUGUGAGGCAUCUCUAGCCUGCACAACGUGCCAUGUGUACGUGAAAAACGACUAUCUCGAAAAGCUGAACGAGGCAGACGAAAAGGAGGAUGACCUGCUGGACAUGGCGCCCUUUCUGCGAGAGAACUCUCGUCUCGGCUGUCAAAUAGUACUCGAAAAGAGCAUGGAAGGCAUGGAGCUGGAGCUGCCCAAGGCAACACGUAAUUUCUACGUCGAUGGGCACAAGCCGAAGCCACAUUAGAUGAAAGUUGUUUAUUACCGUUAUCGUAUAUCGAGAGAGUUAAAUAAAAGAAUAUAUUGAAUAGUUUUCUCGUCCCCAAUUUGUAUAUAUUUCGUUAAGUUUGUAAACAAUGGAUUCUGCUUCGAGUUUUGUUUCAUCUGGCAAAUUAAACUAAAAAUUUUGUAA